AUGGUUGUUAUCAAUUUGAAUAUUACGGUAAGAACUGAUUUCCGUUACUGCUUGCAUUUUUCCUUCUGUCUUAGUGAUGCUAGCCCCUGUUCUCCAUUUGACGUCGUUUUCUUUAUUCUGUCGAUAUAUUCCCUUUUUUGUUGCUUUCUUGGGUUAAGCGCCAGUAGCAAUAAUAGAAGCUAUCUAUCUAUCUAUCUAUCUAUCUGUUUAAUUCUUGGAGCCUUUCUUUUUUCUGCUCCAUCUGUUACUUAUUUUUGUACUUCUCGUCCAGUUUUUUCCCUUUCUUUUUCUCUUUUAAUACUAGUAAUUCUGAAUCGGCGUCGUCUUUUUCUUCUUCUUCUUCUUCUUCUUCUUCUUCUUCUUCUUCUUCACCAUCAUCGUCGUCGUCGUCGUCCACUGUUUCCUUAUGCUCUUUCCUUUAACAAUGCGGCUUUUUUUCCCGUCUCUUUAAUUCUCUUUCAUUUCAAACCAAUUCUUCAACAAUUUCUUCCUACCGCCCACCCUUUAUUUCCAUUAACUUUUCUCUUCCCUAUAACGCGUAUCUACCAUCAAUUACGGCCUAUUUAUGGAGAGAAAAAGCAUUCAAAACAUUCCCAAACAGGGAUGUCUUAUUAA